GCCCCUCUCACGUUUAUCCACCUACCUAGACCCCUUUCUCCACCAGAUCUGACGGCCCCAUGGCUAGGUUUGGGUGUUCCUCAAUGGGAUGGAGGCACUGCCGAGCUCCUCUCAUGGUAUUCGUCGGCAUGGUUAUCGUAGUAAUAUUCCUCGACGAAGGAUUCUGCUCGGUUCGUCCCAAAGGUGCCCUUCAAAAUAACCUUCCUUCCUAUUCGGUGCUUUACCUAGAUAUUUUUUCCCCUUUUGGUUCUUGGCACCGUGGUGGUCCCAGGCCAUCAUCUAAGGUAUGUGUCUGGGAUCCCACUGGAUCGAUGCCCCUUCCAGACCCCUUAGUCUCCUGCCAGCUUCUCCCCAUCGGAUCUCCGGAGACACAAAAAAUCUUCUUCAUACGAAGAUCUCGCGCUUCACUUCCGGUUUCGAGGAAAGUGAAGCAGGCGAUCGUGGAACCGUUACAUAUUCUAUCUUCCGUGGAUUGGAGUCGGCUCUCUUCACCAGAAUUGGGGAUUAUAUCAUGCACCAUCUUCUGCUCUGGCUUGAGUGGAGUCUCGGUUGAAAUCAUGUGUGUGUCCGAAGGCAGCCAUCCCUCUCAACCUCCUUCACCGGAGGCAUACAUCAUGGUCCUUGGAUCCAGAUCUUCGGCAAGUGGGUCUAUGCCAUUGGUUCAUAUUCCAGAGGUAUGCCACCGUCCGUUCAAGGGGCUUAUUUCUCUCCAACUUACCUUGUUCUGCAUCAUCCUCAUCGUCGGCGAGCUCGUGGCCCUCUGUGUCGAGAGGCUACCGAACGAUGUUGUCCUUGUCCUCUUUCAGGCGGUCGGCCAUCGUCUUCAUCACCGGCGUCGAGCUAUGGGCCCUAGAUGAUUUCGGCAUCUCCCUGCGCGGCUGGGUGGCACAAGUUAUCUGGUGCGUUGUUGUAAUUUGCCCCUGUUGUGUAUGGUAUUUACUUCUUGUAAAUUAAGAAUAAUGGAAGAUCUUUUAUUUAAAACAAAGUCGCAUCACUUAUCUCUUCCACUCGUCAUUGAUGAGGCUCCAGCUGGCCUGCCUUUUAUUAACUUACCAAAAAAAAUAUUUUUUUGUAAGCCAAUAAAACACUUAGCAAUUAAGUCUUCAUUUACAUAUAUUUUUCAUGGAAUUGGAUUAAUAUUGACAUGCAAUCACCGGUUAACGCAUUGAAAUAUCUAUACCUUUUUUUUUGCGGGUGAAAAAAUAUCUAUACCUUGUUGCCACGUACGCAAAGUUCAUUUAAUAAUUAUCUAAGUAUACUAGUAUUACGAAAAGAAAUGAAAACGUAUUUCCUAUCACUCAUCUCUUCCACGGAUCGUCGAUGUGGCUCCAGCUGGCCAGCCCCCCUUCCAAUAGAGGUGACACGUGACACAUGCUCCAUAAGGGGGGCGAGCGUAAGCACGAAGUUUUCACAAACGGCCACUGCCAGUCGAUACGUACUAGUAACCACAGCCAGUAGAGUACACUCAAUGCGCGCGAUGGAACCUGCCAAAAAAGAUUAUGUUUUACACAAUCGCAUUAAUGUCGCGACAGGUAAUCGUAGGCUAACGUAUUAUAAAGUAUUUAUCUUCCGUCGCCACGCAAAGCGCAAGAAACACUACUACGAAAAGAAAAGAAAAGAAAGGCGUAUUUCCCAUCGUUUACGUAUCUUUUCCACGGGUCUGUCGUCGACGUGGCCAGCCCCUCUCUCAACAGAGGUGACACGUGGCACGUGCCCCGCAAGGCGGCCAGCUUAGGCAGGAAGUUUCCGCAAGCGGCCACUGCCAGUCGAUGCGUACUAACCACGGCCGCCAGGGCAGUACACUGAAUGCGCUUGUCAAAAAAAAAAAAAAACGGUGCGUCGCCAGGCUGUGAGCCGCGGUGCAAAAGUGGCGCCUUGCGAGCCCCAGGCGAGCGCACCAAAGAAAAAGGCAAGAAACGGGCCGGGCGAUCGAAGGCGCACGAGCACGAGCAGCACCGUCCCAACGGACGGCGAUUAAAGGCCGCCCUUAAAAGCGCGUCGUCUCCCUCCCACCGCUCCCUCCCUCGCGAUUCCACCCCUCACCACCGUCUCGGCCGACCGACCGACCCGUUUCCGUCGGCGGCGCUCUUUGCUCUGCACUGCCGGACGUCCCCGUCGAGAGCGAGCGAGCUUUAGUGGAGGCAUGGAGCGCAUUGCCGAGGCCCACCAGGUGCACCAGCUCCAGCAGGGGGUGGCGUCGUUCGGCGUGGUCGAGCACUCCGUGGUGGCGGCGGCGGCGGCGGCGACCAAGCCGAGGGCGCCGGGGCUGCCGCCGACGCCGCCCGCGUCGUUCGCUGGGCAGCAGCGGGGUGCGGGCGGCGACGUGUGCAUGGACGACUCAUCGGGGGCGGCGGGGCGGAAGCUGCAGGCGCAGGCGAUGCCGGCGCACCGGCGGACCCGCAGCGACGUGCCGUUCGCGGGGUACUUCCCGCCGCCGACGCACCAGCUGCCGCAGCCCAAGGCGGAGGCCGGCGGGUGGGGCGACGGCGGCGGCGGCGCCGACGACCUGUUCAGCUCGUACCUGAACCUGGAGGGGAUGGACGUGCUCAACUCCUCGUCGCCCGACAGCAGCGCCAAGGCCGACAGCAGCGAGAACGGCGACUCCGAGGAGUGCGCCGCCUGGGGCGUCAAGAGGGGCGCCGCCGCCGCCGGGGAGCCGGCGGCGGCCGGGCGGCACGCCCGCAGCCUGUCCGUGGACAGCCUCAUGGGGAGGCUCAACUUCGCGUCCCCCGGCGGCGCGGCCGGCAUGUUCAGCCUGGAGUUCGGUAGCGCCGAGUUCUCCCCCGCCGAGAUGAAGAAGAUCAUGGCCGACGAGAAGCUGGCCGAGAUGGCCCUCGCCGACCCCAAGCGCGUCAAGAGGGUGCUGGCGAACCGGCAGUCGGCGGCGCGGUCCAAGGAGCGCAAGAUGAGGUACAUCGUGGAGCUGGAGCAGAAGGUGCAGAUCCUGCAGACGGAGGCCACCACGCUCGCCGCGCAGCUCAACCUCCUGCAGCGCGACUCGGCGACGGUGGCGACGCAGAACAACGAGCUGAGGUUCCGGCUGCAGGCCAUGGAGCAGCAGGCGCAGCUGCGCGACGCUCUGAACGACGCGCUGACGGGCGAAGUCCAGCGCCUCAAGAUCAUGACGGCGGAGCUCGGCGUCGGCGACUCCUGCUCCUCCAACGGCAUGGGCAUGGCCCAGCAGCACAACCACAUGUUUCAGCAGCAGCAGCAGCAGCAGGCUACACCCAUACCAUUCUACCAACUGCAGCACCAACAACAGCAACAGCAGCAGCAGCAGAACGGCACAGCCAACAAGCAUGAAUCAAGAGAGUGAUGAAGAUGAUCAAGAGGCAUUUGGACUAGAGAAGAAACAUUGCAUAUUGCAGGCACCAAAACAAAACUUUGGUUUAGAUGAACUGAAUUCAUAUGGUUUAUUGACUCUUUCGUUUUAAUGUCGUUAAUAAUCGUUGUAAAUUUUCCAGGCGGUGAACCCUGCCCGUGCCUUUUUUUUCGUUCUUAUGUUCAUUGAUUCUUUGGGUGAUGCACCAAAUGUUACCUUUCAGUCACCAAAACUGGUGGAGCAGUAGUUGAUUAAUAAUAGAUUCUUUUGUAGCACUA